GUUCGUUCCUUGGAAACCCUAACAAUGGCGAAACCUCCUCCUCAUGCCCCUUGUCCAGAUUGCAAUGGAGGAGAUCCUCCUUGUCAUCCUUGUUCAGAUUGCGGUGGAUGUAUUCACAAUCAAUUCUUGGAAUCUGAAUUAGAAAAAUGGUAUCAGAAUCGAGAUUUGGAAGAUGAACUACAUGCUCGUGACAUUACAAUAAAAGAUAUUAGGUUCACAACAGAAAUGCUUCGGCUUCAGAGAGAAAUUGAGCGUAAAGACAGAGAAUUGGCUUAUCUGGUUACUGAACUUGCUAAGUACAUGCCUUGUGAAAUAGACAAGAAGGAGCUUGCUGAAAUAGCUAAAGGGCCGUUCACUAAGGAAUACACGAAGCAGGUUGAUGAAAUAGUUAAGAAGCAUUUUCCUGAAAUAGCAGCCAUCAUAAAAUCGUAGGAGCACAAUGUCGUUCAUCAUCAGGCAACUCGUGGAAACAAAGCCUGCAGAAUUCAUUUUUUCAUUGAUAGUACAUUAGUUAGAGCAUUGAGGUAGCAGUAAAAGUUCAGGUUACUACUAAGUUUACUUCUCUUUGUGACUUGUUAACACAGCUACUCAACUAGUAUGUAGUCUUACCAAUGGUUAAUGCAAUCUUUG